CAGGACGGCUUCACCCUCUCGUCCGGUCCAGGGCAAAUACUAGAGAAAAAGAAGGAUCAUCGGAAGAUCGGCCCUCCUGCGGCAAGUUAUUCCCGCCCUGGGCCCAGACCAGUGCCGCAGCGCGGCAGCCCGACAAUAGUCACCACACCCAACCUCACUCCGCUUCCUUCUCGGCCCACGGCCUAAUGGCUACUUGCAACCGCGCGAGGACCCCAAGGAGGGCUGCCCGGCCGAAAGCCUGAAGGACCCCGCUAGGGCUGCGCAGGCUAACUAGCGCGGUGCCUGGUGGCCGGACGCCGCGGCCGGAGGAUCAGGAGUGAGAUGACCUCGAUCUUGCGAAGCCCUCAGGCUCUGCAGCUCACUCUAGCCCUGAUCAAGCCUGAUGCAGUUGCUCACCCACUGAUUCUGGAGGCUGUUCAUCAGCAGAUUCUGAGCAACAAGUUCCUUAUUGUACGAAUGAGAGAACUACUGUGGAGAAAGGAAGAUUGCCAGAGGUUUUACAAAGAGCAUGAAGGACGUUUUUUCUAUCAGCGGCUGGUGGAGUUCAUGGCCAGUGGGCCAAUCCGAGCCUACAUCCUUGCCCACAAGGAUGCCAUCCAGCUCUGGAGGACACUGAUGGGACCCACCAGAGUGUUUCGAGCACGCCACAUGGCCCCAGAUUCAAUUCGUGGGAGUUUUGGCCUCACUGAUACCCGUAACACCACCCAUGGCUCAGACUCUGUGGUUUCAGCUAGCAGAGAGAUUGCAGCCUUCUUCCCUGACUUCAGUGAAAAGCGCUGGUAUGAGGAGGAGGAGCCCCAGUUGCGCUGUGGCCCUGUGCACUAUAGUCCAGAGGGAGGCAUCCACUGCGCAGCUGGAACAGGAGGCCCAGGACCAGCCUGAUGCAGGCCUGUCAGUCCAGCCUUUUCUCCUAGACUUCUGGUCCAAAGCAUUCUCCUAGGACCAGGGCUCAUGCUGCUAUCUCUGGUGGGCACCACCAUCUGCCAGAGGGUCUAGCUCAUCACUGUAAAUCCUCCAGAAUCUAGCUGUCUACCUCUUCUCCAGAAUAUUCAUGAGUGGUUCAGAAGAAUGAUAACUCAUCUUUUUGCUGAGAACUAUUCAUCCUUCUUCAAAGAGGAGCUUGCCUAAUUAACUUGCCUGAAAAAUGCAGUGACUAUAUAAGCAACAUUUGACCUAUCUUCCUCAAUAAAAGUCAGUGUUCUACCAAA